AUGAAUCAAGGUAUUAAUGUUUGUAAGACUGUGGUCGAAGCAUUGUCUAAACAUGACAUUGUUCAAGAUGUAAUUAAGAAUAUUUCUUUUAAACCUUCAGGGUUUUUAGUUAUUGAGUAUGGUACAAAUUUACCUGUUACUAUGGGAAACCUUUUACCUGUUGCUCAAACACAAGCUAAGCCAAAGAUUCAAUUUAUUUCAAGUCCAAACGCUAAUGAGAACAAUCAAGACGGGUUCAAACCAUUUAGUGCUGAUAAAAGUAAUCUUUUCACUUUAGUGAUGACUGAUCCGGAUGCUCCUUCAAGAGUUGAUCAUAAAUGGUCAGAAUAUUGUCAUUAUGUUUCUACCGAUAUCCCAUUGAAUAAUGAGUCCGGUGAUAACGAUUUAAAUUUCACUACUAGCUUUAUUAAUGAAGGUAAUACAUUGAUCCCAUACAUGGGUCCAGGUCCUCCAAAGGGUACUGGUCAACACAGAUAUAUCUUUAUGUUGUUUAAGCAACCAAACAAUGUUAAUGGUUCAAGUUUCACUCCAAUCAAGGAUAGACCAAACUGGGGCUAUGGCACUCCAGCUACUGGUGUGGCUAAAUGGGCCACAGAAAACAAUUUGGAAUUGAUUGCAACCAAUUUCUUCUUUGCUGAAAACGUAUAA